ACCAAAAACGAGCAUGCGUGGUGAGGCAGUCCAGAGGUGGUAGGCUGGGUAAUAGCAUGUGUUCCUAGCACCUCCCCGUUCUCUUCCCCUUCUCUCCCCCCCCGCCCCUUCCUUCUUGGCCGCGGCGCGGGGAUCAACACCAGCUAUGGCGGCGAUGGCGGAAGGAGGAACGACUGCCUUGAUGGAAGUGGCAUCCGCCGGCCAACUCCAGGACCUCCUGCAGCAACCGAGCAGGUCUUUAGUGGUGGUUCAUUUUUGGGCCCCAUGGGCUCCUCAGUGUGUCCAAAUGAACAGUGUCAUGGCUGAACUAGCUAAGGAGCAUCCGCGAGUUACAUUUGUGAAACUGGAGGCUGAAGCAGUUCCUGAGGUGUCUGAAAAAUAUGAAAUCACUUCUGUUCCAACUUUCUUAUUUUUUAAGAAUUCCCAAAGAGUUGAUCGGUUAGAUGGUGCUCAUGCACCAGAAUUGACCAAAAAGGUUCAGCGCCAUGCAUCUAGCUCAACUGUCCCAGCUGGUUCGAAUGAUGGUGUUAAAGAGGACCUAAACAUGCGACUCAAAAAACUGACCAGUGCUGCGCCUUGCAUGUUGUUUAUGAAAGGAACACCUCAGGAACCUCGUUGUGGCUUCAGCAGACAAAUAGUGGGAAUUCUUAACAAACAUAAUGUUGUGUAUAGUAGCUUCGAUAUAUUUUCGGACGAAGAAGUACGUCAAGGGCUGAAAACCUAUUCAAGCUGGCCUACGUAUCCACAGUUAUAUGUAGCUGGAGAACUUAUAGGUGGACUGGAUAUUGUUAAGGAGCUUGAGGCUUCUGGAGAACUGGAUACCAUCUGUCCCAAGGCACACAAAUUAGAUGAAAGACUUAAAGACCUGAUGAAUAAAGCUUCCGUGAUGCUAUUUAUGAAAGGAAAUAAGCAGAUGGCAAAGUGUGGAUUCAGCAAGCAAAUUAUAGAAAUCUUAAACAAUACUGGUGUUGAUUAUGAGACAUUUGAUAUAUUGGAAGAUGAAGAGGUGCGGCAAGGAUUAAAAAAGUUUUCAAACUGGCCAACCUACCCACAGUUAUAUGUGAAAGGUGAACUUGUUGGCGGGCUGGAUAUUGUUAAGGAACUGAAUGAAAAUGGUGAAUUGCCAUCUAUUCUGAAAGGAGAAAAUUAAGACAAGUUAAUGGAGAUAAUUGAAAUACAAAAAGUAUGAUCAUUAAUUGCACUGGAAUAAUUCAUGACUUGGCAUUGAUGGAAGGAAUAGAACACGGGCUUCUGACUUUCUCUUUGUACAUCACAAGGCCAUGCUAGAGCUUUAUGUAAAUGUAGGUUUUCACACAAAUGUAAGGUUGUAAACAUCUUCAAAUUGAAUUAAAGUCUGAGUGUUCAAGUGUG